AUGGACCCCGCCGUGGAUUCCGGAGAGGAAGGGUCGCGAGAAGAUGAUCCCUCGCCCCCUUGGUUCCUCCGAGUCGCGAUGAAAUUCUUGCUCAUGUUUGUAAAAGGGGGAAUCGAGUACUGUGGAAUACUAUGUGUCUCCAUAGGCCUGGCGGCCAAAUGGGUCUACUGGCUUAUGGCGGGCAUGGUAUUGGUGGCCCUCGCGCAGCUUGCCUACUGGACCUAUGUUUGGGUCCUUCGGCCGCUGACGAAGUUCGCCUACGUCUUGGCUCAGUACCUCAUGGGCCGCGCCCCGUGGGAUGAGGUUUUGACCCAUCACGGCCGCACGCCGUUCCGACUGGUGUGGUACGGCCCCACGGGACAGGUGGCUUGGACCGCCCAGUACAUCCAAGACAAAGUCCGAGGCAGGGGAACCUGCCAAGCCCCUUUCGACUUGUUGGUCACGGACGGGACUGCACUUGCCCGCUUGCGGCACGGCACCAUCCGCGGGCGUACAAAUCGGCACGGGUUUACUUGCCCCUGUGACACAGUGCAUGGGAGCUCACACCGCUACUGGCGGCACUCUUUGGAGGGAGCGAAUUGCCGGGUGCACCUCUGCUCCCAAUCACCUUGCACAGCACCGGAAGCGGCGGAGGUGCAUGUCACUUCAAGCUCCGUUGUGCCUCGGGAGGUAGAGCUGGACCUCACCGAGCUAGCAGGAAAAGGGCCCUUCGGUAGGUGCCUUACGGCUACGUGGCUCCUCAGCGCCCAGGGAUACUACCUCUGGAAGUCGCUGGGUGGCUGCAUUUGCUCCUGCCGGCGCCGGUGUUGUCAGUUUUGUGGCUGUGGCUCACGCCCGCGGCGCGGUCCGCGCCCGGGGGGAGAGAACGGCCCCGAGCCCUCUCGCCUCCUGCACGAGUGGUCGGAGACCGAGAGUGAAGGCGACGACCACGCACAAGCGUGCCAAGCCGACCAGCUUGCGUGGGAGGAAGGGGGCAAAACGCACGCGUUGUGCAAAGAGCCUUGCAAGGAUCUGGCCCUCGGGGACAGUAUCCAGAUCUUGCCAGCGGACCUGCGCGUGAGCGAUAAGGCUGGGUUACAGGAAGAAGACGGCAGCUGCUACGCCCGGCUAUGCCCCAGGCACUCCGCUCAAUAUGGGCAUGCGAGCGCGCGACGCAAGUGCGCAGUUGAAGGCUGCGUGGAACUGAGCCGGACCACCAAAGGUGGGGUAAGGCUGUGCAAGCUCCACGGGGCCAAGGAGGAACGCAAACCCCCAACUAGCUCGCACCCAAAACGACCUCCAGAGCUUGAAAAACCGGCCUCGCGGCGUGCUACCACGCCCGGGGAUGCGAGGGCUCUGGCCGACGCUCCUGCGACACCUAGGAACUCCCAGACUAAGCCUCGCAGUACCUCAACUCCACCUGGGGUAGGACGAGCACAGGGAGAGACAGAGCCGCAGCUGCUUAGCCUCACUUGGGACGAGGUCGCGAACCUGCCUGAUCCCGCGAUGCGACUGAAGGCAAUUCGCGUUAAGACGGGAGCGGGGCGAGACUCCGAAGAGAGACUCGACCCACCCGGGGACGCAAACCUCAAAGCUGAGGCCCUUGGCAAGCUGGUGCGCAACGUAGCGUUGGGACAACCAGCGGCGAAGGCUUACUCUGCAGCCUGCCAGGAGUAUGGGCUGGACCCGUACACGCAGCCACUGCAAGGGGCUGCUCGGGAGUACUUACCUCGGCUCCCUAUUCAAUACCCACGGCUUGCCCGAAAGGUCCUUGAGGAAAUCGCCGAGCAGGGACAGCCGCAGGAGCACGACCCUGUGCUCGGGGCGUUUCACGCUUACUUGCACGGGACCGACGGGAGCGGAGGGACUGAGUUUUCAGCUGGGGCUCCUCCCUUCGUUAGCGGGGAGCAGCGUCACCCCGCCCUUGCUUUAUAUGGGGGAGUAGACCUUCCUGCGGCUCGAUCCGAGCCCGGUACUCCUGCUCCACCUAUUGAAGCCGGACAGAGCGCUCCCCCCGCAGAACGAACUCCCUUUGCAGCCGCCAGCCUUUUUCGGCCACGGGAAGAGGGCCCCGGUGCGCAGGGGAAUCCUCCCCCGGCGGGGCCCCUCAUGCAAGCGAGCACGUUGUCAGGGGGGUAUCAGGUUCUCGCCAACGCCGUGCGGCCUUUCCAUGCGGGAGCCUACACUGAUGCCGAACCCCCCAGGCUUGACGAGUCGGCGAAGGCUUUGCAAGCCAUUGCCCGCUCACUUGUCAAAGACGACCAAGGGCAGGAGAAGGGGAAACUGUCGGCCAUCGGGCGGCAAGAGGAGCGACUUGUCUUUCUCCUGCGGGGCUGCGACAGCUUGGACGUGCCACUUGCCGCAGGUGUGGUGGGCAAAGAGCUUUUCCACAGUUUGCGGGCCGCGGCUACCCAAGCCAGGCCAAAAUUACGGCAACUUAGGUUUCCGGUCAACUUGACCAACCGCCUGUGCUACGCAUUGGCGUCGGCAAGCUUCGGAGCCAAGGACGUUAAAUCUUUGCCGUUACAUUGUGGGUCUGCCGCAGAUUUUCCGCAGACUGAAGAGGCAGAUUUCGACGCCUACUCAAGCCCGCCGGAUCUUAAACUUGAAGCGCGGCCACGGGGACCCACGACGGUCAGCACGUGGUUGAGAAACGCUUUGAGGCAAGCAUGGGGCCUGGCUUGUGUCUACGGACAACAACAUUAUGCCGUCUGGGAAGCUGCAGCUCUCCACCUGACUAAGCUGGGCGAGGAGCACAGUUACGCUUGGCCGGCGCAUGUUAUUUUUGAUGUGUGGGAAGAGCUCUGGGCCCGCUUCUUCGAAGAACUCCGCGAAGUUGACCGUGACCUGCGACGUUUGAUGCGAGAGGAGUCCCCGACUUUCGACCGCAUGAAAUUUGUUGCUACUGCCCCCAAUGCCGAAGGGCGGCCCUGGCUGCGGCUUCCGGGAACCUUCCGGCUGGAGGACCCGCGUGAAUACUUCACGACCGAUGUGCUGGACAAGCUCCAACGCCAAUUGUCGCGGGCAGCUUGGGCUCAAGCCCUUCGGGGGCCAGCGCGAACCGGCCUCCCGGGAGGAGGCGGCAGGGCUGGAGACGCUUCGGCGGACGGGCAAGCCGGACACCCGGGGAAGGCAGACGACCCGCCCACGCGUGCCGGUGGGGUAAAAGCGGGGGGCCUCCCCCUGCCCUCAUCGGAAAUGACGGGCCUGCGCAGCCUGGAAGCCCAGGAGCAGGCCGCCAAGGUCCAGGAAGGCGGGGGCAAGCGCAGGCCGGGUCGGAAAGCCAAUAGGGCCGGGGAUGCGACGGGAGCUACCCCUGCUGAGUCAGCGCCCGAACCCACCCCGGGAACUCGGGCGGGCGAACUCGGCGCUGAACCUCAGCUUCCCGAGGCUCGUACCGAGCCCGGGCAAAGCAACCAGGCUCUCCCUCCCGAACCCCCCGUAGAGCUCCGAGACGGGGGAUACACCCUUCAAGAAGAAGGCCUACGCAAGCUCGUGCAGGGCGCUGACUACAGUUGGUAUCAAGAUCAAGAUCACGGCCAAGGCAAGGCCACCGCCGCAGACCUGCCUGCCGGGUAUGAAUCCCCCGGGCUUGACCUUCAGGAGCGGACCCGUGCAAUGCGGGCGGUUGAAGCUUUACUCGCUUCACAGGACCCACCCCUUUCUGCAAUGCCAGACCUGCUCACCGUGUUCGUUCGGAACUACCUGCUCCACCACGAUUCGCCCGCUUCCCCGCAGGAGCGGUUGCAGGCCUGCUUCCAGGUCGCAACUACUCUCGGCGGUCCGGAGUUGGCCUCGCAGGCGGCUGAGUACCUCGACUCCACCCAACGCCUCUCCCGUGCUGGUUCUGUCACUGCAGCUGCUACUGUAGGGCGCAUCAGCUGGGAUGGGGACAUUGGAUACGGGACCUUCGAGUACAAUGGAGCUCACUGGCGCCAAUUUGAUUAUCAGGAUCGGCUUCCCCUCAGUCCAGAAAUGCAAGCUCUUCUAGGGCGCAAUGAGACUGAAGAGCCCAAGCAGUGUAUGCUGCUCCACGUUGCCGCUGGUGUCCUUUCCACCGAAGGAGAGCUCCCUACGCUGGCCGCCGCCCAGCUUUUGGGCCAAGCAGCACGAGAAGCCAUGUACCACUCAGCGCGGGAGGUUGAAGCACAGUUGGGGCCGACACCGGAGUACCUCACCCGAGCUGAGGCCGACUUCCGAGUGUUUAACCAUGAUCUUUUGCACUUCGGCCACGAUCGGGACUACCGAACCCUCGUCGCAUACCCGCAGCCGGCCUGGGAGCAUUUGACCUUCGGCGUCUGGCGAGUGGAGCCGCACGACAGCGCACUUGUCGAAUACCUGGUCGGUAGCCACUCUGGCCCUGGUGGGCCUGUGGUCUGGUUACUCGUGCACAAAGGGCACAUGCGGCUCCUUCUCCCUCCCGCCUCUGUCGCACAUCCGUUUGGGCGGGAGCUCUUAAUGGUUGGGUGGGAGCCCCACCUUGAGGCUGCCAAGCCUGCCGAGGCCUGCCUUCCGGCCCGGCGUGUUUUGGCUUGUCCAGUCUGCCGGUCCGAUGCCCCUGCGCGUGCGUUCCACUCUGGUUUCGUUCCGCCGACUUUUGGGUUGCAACCACUGCGACGCGGCGGCGUUUCCCCCGAGGCCUGUUUCAAGCCCGGGGCGCCUGUCGCUCCUCAGAGGUUCGCCCCGUCCGACCUUGAGCGCCUGUUCGGAUGUGAGUCGCUGGCAGGCCACUCGGCCGUCGCUAUCGGCUGUCCGGGCCCGAUCGUUGGCGCUGUCGCCAUCGGCGACCCGUGCUGGGCUUUCGCUGCGGCAGCUCUCUUGCAGCUCCUUGACAGCUUCGAGGGCGACCGUGUCCUCCUAUGGGUGGGACCAGAGCUGGUUAUGCCGGCCGGCCCAUUUCAUGCUUUUCUCGAGUUCCUCGGAGUAUUACAGGCUCACAUCGCAGCUCGCGGUCAAGCCGGGGCCCUCGCUGGCCCGGUCACUCACCGCCUUUGGACCCACAAGACCUUUGUCCUUCUCUCCUGCGAGCGGGCAUGGGCUCGUGCGCGCGUCGACAGCUGCGCGGGGGCGGCUGUCUCUCGUGGUUGGUCCGGGGAUGGCCGGCGCGUGCCUGGAUCACCCCUGGCCGAGCCGCCUUCGGCAGACUUGGGAGCUGCUAUCGGAGCCUACUUAGAUCUCGUCGCGGGAGCCCCUUAUGAUCCGAAGAGGUUUGCGGAAGCAGCGCGCCUCGGCACCAAAGCCCGCGCGGCUGCCCCGUCGUUUCCAGAAGCCUUGAGGGCCCUGCGCAGAGAAUGGACCUUACGUCAAGGCGACCAUUUCAAGGGUCUCUUCGAGGCAGCCCUGGACGAGUUGCUCCCUUCAGACCUGCUUCACUGGCUUAGACACACGGCCACCCAGGGAGUUGACGCCCGCUACGAAGGGGAUCGCCAGCGCGUGAGAGCCACGCCGCACCCGUCUCUGCAGGGGCACCUCACCGAGGCGUUCGAGCAGAUCUGGAAGGAUGUAAGUAAAGGGAGGGUUCUCCUACUUACGUGCCCUGGCGACGCUACUCUUCUUGAAGGGGUGAUCUCCGUUCCUUUGGCGCGUGUCCCCAAAAUGCUGCCUAACAGGACUGUGUCCGCGAAAGGACGGCUAAUAUGGGACGCCAGACGUGUAAAUGAACACUGCAGCAAACACCGGUAUUUCCCGGCGCUGCAGCCGAGACACUCCGAGAUAGCAAGGUUGAUCCUCUGGUGGCAGACUCGCUUCCCUCACAUCCCAAUCUAUUUGGCCAAGAAGGAUGUCAGUGACGCCUUUAAGUGGUUAUGGAUUCAAAGUGAGGAUGGGCCGCUCUUUGGCGCUGAUCUGCCCGGGACUGAGCUUGGGCUUCCGGAAGGAGUCACCGCGGUAUAUACUGCGAUGACCUUCGGUUGGACCGGAGCCCCGGGAUCGUUUAUGGGAUUCGCCUGGGGAGUCAAGCUCUUGGAAGCAGAAUCUGGCCCGAGCUGA